UGCGUUGUACAUUCGUUGACAGUAUUCGUUCGAGUAAGUUGCCAUAUGUAAUUGAGUACGUCGUUACGCCUUAAAGUACAACGUGUUUCAAAGUUCGUUAUAAGCGGGUUUCUCUACGUAGAAUACGGAUCUAAUCUGCAAAAAAGCAAUCAAAUCGUUAUAAGAAAUUGAAACGAUGACAACUUGGCAGCAGACACCUGGAGCUGGAUAUUAUCCAGGACAACAAGGACCUAAUACAGGAUAUCCCAAUCAAAAUCCAGGAUACCCUCCAAAUCAAGGAUACCCUCCAAAUCAAGGAUACCCUCCAAAUCAAGGAUACCCUCCGAAUCAAGGAUAUCCACCGCAGGAUCCCCCUUACAAUCCAGCGUAUCCUCCCUCUUACCCAGGAGGAAAUACAGCAGGUUUCAUACCACCGACAGUUCCUCCUUACGGACAAGUGCCACCCAGUUCUGGAACUCCAUUCAACGCCCCACAGCAACCCGGAAUGUACGGAUCAAAUUUUGCUGAAGACCCACUGCAAGAUGAGAUCAAAGGAUUUGAUUUCAACGAGCAGUCAAUACGGCGUGGUUUUAUUAGGAAAGUUUAUUCCAUACUGAUGGUCCAGCUUCUAAUUACGGUGGGAAUCAUAGCUUUGUUCCUGUAUCACCAACCGACGAAAAUAUGGGUUCACCAUCACCCAGCUAUAUUCUGGAUCGCAUUUGUCCUCACGAUCGUACUCCUCAUUUCCAUGGCUUGCUGCACCAGUGUAAGGCGCAAGGCUCCCAUGAAUUACAUAUUCCUCUUUCUGUUUACUAUGGCUGAGGGACUGGUCCUUGCCACCGCAGCGUCGAGAUAUGACUCUCAAGAGGUUCUGUUGGCUGUAGGGAUGACGGCAGUCGUCUGUCUGGGCCUAACCAUCUUUGCUUUCCAAACAAAGUGGGACUUCACCAUGUUGAAUGGAAUUCUUUUUGUAGCAGUCUUGAUCUUGUUCGUUUUCGGCAUCAUCUCAAUCUUCAUCCAUAGCAAGAUACUUACUCUGGUUUACGCAUCAUUGGGUGCAUUAAUCUUUUCUGUUUAUCUUGUGUACGAUACACAGCUGAUGAUGGGGGGUAAGCAUAAGUAUUCCAUCUCUCCAGAGGAAUACAUAUUUGCCGCUCUGAACUUGUACCUCGACAUCGUUAAUAUUUUCAUUUAUAUUCUAACGAUCAUAGGAGCAUCGCGCGACUAAUUUCAUGUCAAUAUUGACCGAAAAUUUUCUUAGUAAGCCUCUUGGGUAAUACAUAAAAAUUCAGAAUGUGUGGCAAACUAUUGAAAACUUGACACAACCAAGUGCAUAGAUAAUCCUAUAAUGCCAAUGCAAAUGUAAUCACAGCGUCUUGCAACUGUUCUGAUCAAGGUUAACUCUAACCACCUGAAAUUUGCUUAAGAAGGCAGAAAGAUAGCACCAACAAAAAUAAUAAUCGGAUGAGUUUCUUCUCCCAAACGUUGGAUGUAUGUUCCUUAAUAAGGAAUUUGUUCCAUGCAGUAUGAGUUAAAUAAUAUCUGCUCUGCUCUGCUGGACAGCUUAUCGCUUUAUUAGUUUUUAAUUUCCUAAUUCCUAUAACCUACAAAGCUGGAUUUACAUCUGUUUAUCCGCAAUAGUUUUCAAACAAAAAGAGCUCCAACAGAAAUGUCACGCUACAGAUGUAAACCCACAUGAACUAAAGCUCACAUUUGUCCUAAGUCGAGCUACUAACAUAUGUGAUUGUUACUGACGUACCAGCUAUGUAAUCUUCAAUACCGAGUAAUAGUUAUCUUGUCACGUUUUUCACGAAUUCAACGACUCAUUCCAUGAAUUAUACGAAUUGAUAUACGAUUAUACAUUUUUUCUAUAUAAUUGUCCGAAAUUUGUGUAUGUUCGAAAGCUGGGUUACCAAUAAGCGUGACGUAUCAUGCGGCACAGUCAAAUUAGGUUUAACGUACAACCCAUUAGUCAUUUGUAUAGGGUUUUAAACGCAAUUGGCGGUCGUUUCACUUGGUGAACUGCAACGGAAAUCUGAAACUCCGUCGUGCUCUUUGAUGUGAUGUGAACACAUUAAUGUGAAUAUUUUGGAUGAUAUGAUAUACAUAAGUAGAUGUUGACUACAAGUUUGCACUGAUGGCAUUUACUUUCCUAAUUUGUAACUGUCUGUAGCGGUUCAAUGUUAUGAUUAGCACUUGAGCAAGUUUUGAAACAAAGACAACGGAAUCUUAUGGAUAUUUGUUACAUGGAUUAAUUAUUUAUCAAAAUGUAUCGUUCUAGCAUAGUUACCGAAUAAAUAUGAAGUUACAGAAA